CAUACAUGUAAUAAAUGACAGAAGUCUGCGGAAACACAAUUAAUUUUUCUUUUAACGAUGGGUAAUUGCAUCAGGAGCAUGUUAAGGAGGCUGAAAAGGAAUCGCGGCAUGGAAAAGACCAUUAUUUUGCUUAUUGUUGGAUUAGAUAAUGCUGGAAAGUCUUUGAUACUGAAUCACAUUAGCGGCGAUCCAGAUCGAAACGUACUGCCUACAAUGGGAUUUCGAACGGUAUCUUUAAAACAUAAUUCAUAUUCAGUGAAAAUAUAUGAUCUUGGUGGCAGUUCUCAGAUUAGAGCAUUGUGGCCUAAAUAUUAUAAUGAUAUACAUGGUCUAAUAUAUGUGGUGGAUGCUAGUGAUAUUUCUCGUCUUGCAGAAAAUAAAGUCGUGUUUAAUGAAUUAAUAACACAUGAGCAUAUUUCAACGAAACCAUUAUUAUUACUUGCAAACAAACAAGAUUUGAAUGGAGCUAUUGAUGAACUAGAUCUGGUUGAAAAUUUAGAUGUGGAGCAUGCAGCCAAUGCCAUGAAAUGUCCGACAAGAGUAGAAACAUGUUCUUGUAUUUAUGAUAAGGAACAAUCAAAGAGUAAUACUGUGGGCAUAAAGAAUGGAUAUAAAUGGCUGUUGGAUAUCAUAAUAAAGAAUUAUGCUGCUUUGAAUAAUAGAACCAAGCAAUCAGAAAGUUGUCAACAUAAAAGUCUUCUAGAAUCCCAAUCUAUUGCAUCAAAUACACCAUCAAGAAUUUCUAUACACUCAAAUCCCUUUAAACCCAUUAAAGAUCUUUUGGCAACAAAGGAUGAAGUUUUAAUAAAUGAAACGUGCAAUGGUACAAGUGAAAGGAAAAACUUUAUAAAAGCUUUUGUGCGAAGAAAUAAGACUGCUCCUCUUCCAAUUGAACAAUCUAUUGAAUGCGAAAGUCUCUCGCGAAAUCUUACGCCUAAUGUGGAAACUCUCGCUGGAGAGAAAAGCACACAAACUACAACUACAAUAUUAGAUCCAUUAAAUUUAAAUAUUGAUUAUAGUCCAAGCUAUACUAGUACAAAUCUAGUCCGUCCAUAUACAGCACCGGAGAGAUCACAACGAUUAUUAAAUAAAAUGAUAAUUAAUAUUCCUGGACAAGUGCCUCAAUGACAGAUCUGUAGAUUUUAUAUUCAAUUCAAAAGGGACCACACACACAUGUGCGCACGCCGCAGAUAUACUACAAUGUCAUGAUCAUAGUCACAGUUACAUUUAUAAGAAUAUGAGAAUUACAUUACUAUAAAAAGCAUAACAUAAAAAGCAUAAUAGUUACAUAAUAGCUUUUAGAUAAGUAAUAUUUCCAACAUUACUAUUUUUAUGGUAUC